AUGGCUUCAGAGCCCGGACCGCUUAUGGAGCUUCUAGGCCAGGUCGCCUAUCAUUAUGAGAGUAUGCGACCUCUUCUGCCGACCUAUAUACAUCUGCUUGUCUCGGCCAUUUUCCCCAUCUACACAGCCGCUCAUGCCUCAUUGUCGAGGCCGCCGUCAGCUGCACCCAAGAAGUCGAAGAAACACGCCGAUGGAGACGCCGAAGAAGGUGAGGACGAGGACUCUCCAACAAGAAUUGAGAGCCUGACUCCUUCUGACGCGAUAUUAUUCCCUGUCUUGGCCGGUGUAACACUGGCAUCGCUCUACUUUAUUCUCAAGUGGCUCCAAGAUCCCGCCUGGCUCAAUUGGGUCCUGGGUAUCUACUUCUCGCAGAUCGGCUUGUUCUUCGCGACGAAGUUUCUGAAAGACGGCUUCUCUGUGGUGCGGUCUUUUAUACUUCCGAUUGAAUAUUCUCGUUCAGGAAUGUUAUGGAAGGUGGACCAGAAGCAGCGAUGCUUCAGGGCGGACAACGGGAUGCGUAACAGCUCACCAUUUCCGGGUCUCGCAGGACAAAUCCCUCUUCCAUCAUCCCUUGUCCACUCUAUCUGGGAUCUGCGCGCGAUACUGUACACGAAGGCUCGGCUCGAAUUCCACCUUCACGAAUUGAUCACCAUCAAGACGUGGAUCGAAAUUCUUGACGUGUUAAGCCUCGUACUCUCCGGCAGCAUCGUCUAUGUUCACACAUUCGUGUCGAAGCCGUGGUUCUUAACCAAUUUCCUCGGUUUCUCCUUCUGCUACGGCUCCUUGCAAUUCAUGACGCCCACGACCGCCUGGACAGGCACCCUUGUGCUGAGCGCACUCUUCUUCUAUGAUAUAUAUUUUGUGUUCUUCACCCCGAUGAUGGUCACAGUGGCAACGAAACUGGACGUACCCAUCAAAUUGCUCUUCCCCCGACCCGAUGGCUGCGUGUUUCCUGUGGGUGCGCCUGAAGGAUCGGUGGCGAUGGAAGAGUACCUGCAAUGCCUAGCGAAGAAACGAACUAUGGCGAUGCUGGGGCUGGGCGAUAUUGUCGUGCCGGGGAUGAUGCUGGCUUUUGCUUUGAGAUUCGACUUGUACUUGUACUAUCUGCGGCAAUCGAAGAAAGGACAGCAACUAGAAGGAGAUGCAUCGAAGCCAACAUAUGUCAGCGCGACAGGAUGGUGGGGAGAACGGUUUUGGACCUCUUCAAGACUAUGGUCCAAGGAGAUGAAGGCCAAACGAUUCCCCAAACCCUAUUUUCGCGCUACUAUAUUGGGAUACCUCGCUGGAAUGAUUGUGACCGUGGUCGUGAUGCAGGUUGCACAACAUGCGCAGCCCGCGCUACUCUACCUUGUUCCUGGGGUCCUCCUCUCAUUCUGGGGUACUGCCCUGGUGAAAGGGCAUCUGAAGGAGCUUUGGAAUUACAGUGAACAACCAGAAGGUGACGACAAGGAAGCCAAAGAUGCAAAAGGCGAGAAAGGAUCAUCACCGGCAACCAGCAAGGCCAGCAAGGCCAGCGUUGAAGACAAUGCCACAACUUACGGUGCGGUAAUCAGCCAGACCGAGACCACCAACCCUGUCCGAGCACAGGAGACGAAAUCUACCAUCGAAACGCAAGACACUGCUAAGACAGAUCCUGAGAAUGCUUGUCGGCGGCUCGUACACUUUUCAAUCACAUUGCCCGGUUCAGUCCCCAAGACAGCGCCGACCGACAAAAGAUAUUCGACCAAGCUGGUGACCGGUAAAGAGGUGUCGGAGAAGGCCAUGGCCAACAAAGACGACGAGGGAAAUCCAGUGUUGGCCACAAGCUGGGAGCGAAGGGAUGACGGUGAACCACUCGGCAAGCGUGCGAGGAAGUCGUGA